AUGGAGACCAUUGGUACGCACUGUGACGGCCCGAUCACCCCUUCAGCAACACUUCCAAGCACCUCCGUAACCGCAGCCCCAGCUAUUACAGCUAUGCCACAACAUCUUCUGCAGUGGAGGAUCACGAUAAUGAUCAUGACCAUGAACAUGACCAUGAACAUGACCAUGACCAUGAGGACGAGCAUGACGACCACUCAUCUGGGACAGGCUCAUUGGCACCAUCCCCAACUGAAUCAAUUGGCUGUGAACCUCAUGGCUGCUCUCACGACCGGUAGUGCCAAUGCUACAGCAAGCGGAAGCGUCACGCUUGCACCGAGCCCAACUGAGUCAGUGGGAUGUGAACCCCAUGGAGACCAUUGGCAUUGCGACGGGCCGGCAGUAACUUCUUCACCACUCGCUAGUGCUUCUGCGAAUGUUACGGCUCCUGUGACGACUGCUGAGCCGAGUUCGACUUUUGUUCCUUCGAGUGCUGGUGUGUUGCAGAGUACGAAGCUUGGUGUAGUUGGUGGCCUGUUGGCAUUUACUUUGGCUAGCUUCGCGCUCUAA